AUGCAUAGCAAGGUUGUCAUUAUCGGCUCAGGGCCUGCUGCCCACACAGCUGCUGUCUACCUGGCGCGAGCUGAAUUGAAGCCCGUUCUCUAUGAGGGCUUCAUGGCCAAUGGCAUUGCUGCUGGUGGUCAAUUGACCACCACCACCGAGGUUGAGAACUUCCCCGGUUUCCCCAAGGGGAUCAUGGGCGGCGAGUUGAUGGACAACAUGAGAGCCCAGUCCGAGCGCUUCGGCACAGAAAUUGUCACCGACACCGUCACCACCCUCGAUCUCUCCUCCCGCCCCUUCAAGUACAGCACCGAGUUCUCCCCCGAGGAGACACACACCGCCGACUCCGUCAUCAUCGCCACCGGCGCCUCGGCCCGCCGUCUUAACCUCCCUGGCGAGGACAAGUACUGGCAGAACGGUGUCUCCGCCUGCGCUGUCUGCGACGGAGCCGUCCCCAUCUUCCGCAACAAGCCUCUCUUCGUUAUCGGCGGUGGUGAUUCUGCCGCCGAGGAGGCUACUUUCCUCACCAAGUAUGCCAGCCACGUCACUGUCCUCGUUCGUCGCGACGUCCUCCGUGCCAGCCGAACCAUGGCCAACCGUCUCCUUAACCACCCCAAGGUCACCGUCAAGUUCAACAGUGGCGCCACCGAGAUCCGAGGUGGUGAGGAUGGUCUUAUGAGCCACCUCGUUGUCAAGAACAACAAGACCGGAGAGGAGGAGGUCCACGAGGCCAACGGUCUCUUCUACGCCAUCGGCCACGACCCCGCCACUACCCUUGUCAAGGGCCAGGUUGACAUGGACGAGGAUGGCUACAUCAAGACGGUUCCUGGAACCACAUACACCAACGUCGAGGGUGUCUUUGCCGCUGGUGAUGUCCAGGACAAGCGAUACCGACAGGCCAUUACCAGCGCCGGUACCGGAUGCAUGGCUGCCCUCGAGGCCGAGAAGUUCCUCGCCGACCAUGAGGAUGACCAGCGAGCUGACGACCGACCCAACCCCAACUAA